GCCGCGGCGAGCAGCCCAGGAGCAGCAGGCCGCGGCGAGCUGGUGUGCUGGGCGCUGUGGGCCUGCGGCGCGGCGGACGCCAGGCAGAGCUGGAUGGCCGUGUCUGCAGACGCCAAGAAGGCGGGGGCCGAGGCGCUGCGGGGCGGGGGUGCCGACGUCACAGACGACGACGUCGCCGAGCUCGUCCUGAAGGUGAGGUCGACGCUGAGCGCAGGGCGAGCCCCCCGUUCCAAGCGGGACGAGGCACGGCGCCUGGAGGCGGCGCUGGACCCGGUGGCCGUCCGCCUGGCGUCGGGGAACCCCGAGGUGCCAGGCUCCGCGAUGGCCGAGGCCCUCUGGGGGUUCACAGAGGCCGCCACUUUCGCCACGCAGACGGAGGGUCGGAUCAGACGAGUGGCGGCCGACGCCGAUGGCUGGGAGACGAUCGCGGAUCGGAUCUGGGCCCGAGCGGUGGGGGCCGACGGGAACACGCUGCCCGUCGACUGGGUGCUGCACCUUGGCAUAGGUCUCUUCCUGUCGAGCCUGGCGGUGGUGCUGGGGGCCGACUCAGUGCGUCACCGCCUGGCUGGCGGGGCUGUAGGGCUGGUCGGGACCGUCCUGCUGGUACGGCGGGUGCCCGAGCGGGUGGUCGCCUGGUGGACACGCUGUCGGCGGCGUUCGGCUUUCGCCGCGGCGCGGAGGCGCGGCGGGGACGGCCUGGACCGGACCGCCGCCGAGGCCGCGGAGGAACCUGCGGGCCCGCUGCACCCGCCGGGGCUUGCAGCACUGCCGCCUCCGCCGUGGGCCCCACCCGCCGAGGGCGCAGGCGCGGGUACCGCUGUGGGGAAGCCUGGCGCGCAGGACCUGUCGGCGCUGCGGGCGUUCGCCCAGGGGUGCGAGGUGCCGGGCCCCUCCAGCCAGACAGCGGCCAUGCAGCAGCAGCAGCAGCAGCAGCCACAGCCGACACCAGAGGUGGCCGUCCCAGCUUCGGGGCUCAGCUUCCACGUUCCCCACGCUCCUGCAGAUGCGGUGCAGCUAGGACGGGAGGUGGAGAUAGUGGGCGCCACGCUGCGCGAGUUCCAGGCGCAGGCGGCCAUCAACGAGGACUGGGCCUGGCACUUCUGGGAGAGGAUCGCGGCCGUGGAUGGCGCCAGGGGGCUGCACCCUGACCUACGACGAGUGCUGCAGACUCACGGCUACGUGGGCGCGGGGACGACGUCCCCGCCAGGAGAGUCGUUGCAGCAGGAGCUGGACGCGCUGGUCGCCUCCCCUACGGCGCCUCACGGCGGGGGCAUGCACGCCUCCCCUGGGUGGGCCGUGGCCCCGCAGACCCAGCAGCAUCAGGAGGACAGUCGAUGGAACCUGAGCCUCCCGCCGGAGCUGCGGCGCGCAGCGCCGGAGAUCUACCGCACCAUACUCGGGGGCCCCCAAACGGUGCGCGCGCGGGACUGGCUGUCGCAGGAGGUGACGGGCCAGCGACACACGGCGGCCUGGACCGACCUGUGGACUGCCGCCACCAACGUGGACUACUUGCUGGGCGGUUGCGCGAACCAGUCCGAGCUGCUCACACGGUUGGCGUCCGACGAUGCGCUGGAGCUGCACCUGAGGCGGCUGGCGAGCUACGUCUACGAGAUGCGGACGAAGGACAAGGUUGGGGGGGCGGCCAUGGUGGCUGUCCGCCCGCCCGGGUCAGCCGCCGACUUGGCUCCGACAUGGCUGGUGACCGAGGCCACGACCCACAGCCAGGCGGAGCACCAGCGCGAUGAGAGGGUCCACGCCGCCAUCAAGCGCGAGGGUCGAGGCGGCGGCCGUGGCGGGGGCCAAGGAGGUGUAGCGGGGGGCGGCAGCGAGGUAGCCAGCGGCGGCCGAGGUGCCCCGCCGCCGCGGGUGCAGCCUAGAAUGCCAGUGACGGGUUUGUCAGGCUCGCUGACGCAGGCCUUGCAGUGGAAGGAGGCCGAGCUCAUGAACGGGAUGGACCGCGGAUCCCUGGAGGCGAGACCAACGGGCCAGCGCGAGGCGAGCGACAACGAGAUGAUGCUGGCCUGGCAGCUCGUGCAGCAGUAUGCGUUACAGGACGCAGCGCGGUACGAGCGCGGUCAAGGGACGGAUCUUGCCUGCGACAGAGGACCGCAGGACGCCUACACUGGAGAGCGCAAGGGUGUGAGCAAGCACGACGGGGGGCUGGAGGCUGGCAGCCGCGGGGAUGCCGAGCCUGAGGACGCCCAGCAGCACCGCUACGACGACGACUGGCUAGGGCAGCAGUGCAGCUGCCGGGCCGCGCCGCCUAGCCCGAGGGGCUACAGCGUGGCGGAGUGGCUGGAGACAGUGAGGCGGGCGAAGAGAGAUGACGAGCGUGUGAUGGUGGUGAUGCAUCUCUUCGCUGGCCGUCGGCGGCGUGGUGACGUGCAGGAGGUGGUAGAGAGGCUGGCGAAGGAGCGGAGCUUGAGGGUGCUCUUCCUUUCCGCCGAUCUCCUGGACGACCCGCGGUGGGACCUGGCCAACCCCUCCACGUUCUCCUCCUUGAUGGAGCUGUGCGAGGGCGGCUGGGUGGAUAUCGUACUGGGCGGUCCGCCCUGUUCAACCUGGUCGCGGGCACGCUACAAUCGUCGCCGACCUGGUCCGCCGCCGGUGCGCUCGCGGCGGUGCCCCUGGGGGCUGCCCGGCCUCAGGGACUGGGAGGCCGCCAGAGUCGCGGAGAGUAACACCUUGACGCUGAACUUGUUGGCGCUCUGCGAGGCGUGCGGCCAGAGUGGCGGCGCCUUCCUCAUCGAGCACCCGGAGGGCCCAGGGCAUGCGCCCUACCCAUCCAUCUGGAACACGACUGAGAUGCUGGAUUUCGAGACGAGGCGCUCGUCGCGGAGAGCCUGCUUGGACCAAUGCAUGUUGGGCGGACGGACGAAGAAGCCCACGUGCCUGAGCGGCGCGCUGCAGGGGCUGGAGGACCUGAACGAGCUGCGGUGUGACGGGUCCCAUGCCCACGAGACGGCCGAGGGCAAGCUGGCCGACGGCACCUUCCGCGCGAGCCCGCUGGCCCAGUACCCCGAGAAGAUGUGCGAAACGCUGGGCUCCUUGAUUGUUCAGACCCUGGCCAUCUUCGAGCAGACCGGCUUGGGCGGCACCGGGUGGCGAAGGCCGCCGGAGGCCGACAGGUCGGUCACCGCCUGGAGCUCGCGGAGCACUACGACGCCAGCGGUAGCCGUGCGGAACGAGGAUGUGCUUCGCGGUCGGGGGUUGGUGCUGGAUGGGCCGCUGAUGGCCUUCUACCUACGCGUCGACGACGGGGUGGUGAUGGCCGGUGGCAGCGGCUGUGGCCCACGGGCCUCUGGGAAGAUGCACCAGCUGGCGGAUGCCCUGGCCGAGGCCGGCUUCGUGGUCACCGACCGCACGGAGGCCAGCGACAUGCAGAAGGUGCUGGGCUACGCACCACAGGCGCGUCCGGCGCAGCUACGCUUGCCCCCGAAGAGGGCGCGGGAGCUGGUGCAGCAGCUGGAGGCGAUGGGCGCCACCCGCUCCCUCCACACCGAGGAGCUUCGGUCCCUCCUGGGGGUGUGGAUCUGGGGCGCACUACUUCGGAGGGAGCUGCUCUGCAUACCCAGCGCCGUCUUCAGGCUCCUGGAGAGGCACCCGCACCAGAGGGUGUGCACCUGGGCGACCGUCCGCAGGGAGCUGCGGGCUAUGGCUCGAGUAGUCCCACUGAUGUACGCCGACCUGGGAGCCCCGCCAGCCCCCGUGUAUUUCGCGGCGGACGCCAUGGGCGCCAACGUGGAGGACGACGGCGGUUGGGGCAUCUUGGUGACAGACAUGAGCGAGGACAUCGCGAAGGACUUCAUCGACACGGGCGGCAACUUGGGCUACACCGUGGCGCGACUGGACGGCGAGCUUACUGGAUUGCGGCGUCCCGAGCAGGUCAUCCGUCGGACGAAGCCCUUCAGAAUCCUCCCCGAUCGAGUGUUCAAGCCCGACGAGGACUGGACGAUCGUAGGAGCGGGGAGGUGGCGGGCGGCCGACCACAUCACGCUGGGCGAGGGGCGCUGCGUCGUGAAGAUCAGCAGACUGGCGGCCGCCACUCCUGCUUUACACCGCACCGUGCUGCCGAUCCUGGAGGACAACCAGCCAGUCUCAGGUGCGGUAUGCAAGGGGAGGUCCCCGGCGCACAUGUUGAACCACCUGUUGCGUCAGAAGACCGCAGCAGGGAUGGCAUCUCGUACAAAGAUUCUGAUUCCUUGGGUGGAGACGCUCAGGCAGCCUGCUGAUAAGAUAUCGAGGUGCCUGACUCGUGCUGAGCUCCGCGGCCUACCUCAUGUCGGGGCCGAGGAAGCGGAACAGCACUUCUGUUGA